GGCUUGCCUUUGUUCGGGGGCGGCCCGCCUCUCUCAGUCACUCCCUCUCUCCUUUUGGGGGCUAUAGUGUGCUUGUGUUUAGUUCGCGCAGAUAGUCAAAUAGGAUUCCUUUGGGAAGGGACACAAAUCACUCCCAUUUGAACAAGGGGAGCAACACGGGAUCAGCACCCACAAGGGUUCUCUUUUUCUUGAUUUCUAAUUUCUAUCUCGUUUCUCUCUGAGAGAGGGAAACAGGGAGAAGUAUACUAAGGAAAAAAGGUAUACACAAAGAAAGAGAAAGAAGAGAAAGAAAACUUGUCAGGGGAUGAUGACAUUUGAUCUAACGCUGUCUGAAAGCUCCAUUUGAUCCUUCUGUACCUUAAACUGACACUGGAGCUCUCUUUGUAAAUCUUCUGAAUCCAGCGGGGACAUCGGUAAAAACCCUCAAGUGAGCUUUUCCUCGUCUGUGCGCUUCGUUUGAAUUUUCGUCGGUCUAUCGGUCUUUUUGACACCUGGAUAUCCUCUGUUUGCCUGUCUGACAUUUUUAUAAUAACGACAGUACUGCCUCUCGUGUCAACGAGAACGUCGCUUUAUCUCUUGUGGUUUGUGCGCUGUAUUCUCUUCGUUUUACCGCUGGCCAGCAGACACGGGGUUCGGACACUUUUGAUAACCCGCACCGACAGGGAGUGCGAAAGAUCCAGUUUUCAUGUUUGGAAUUCAAGAGAGCAUCCAACGGAGUGGGAAUAGCUUGAAAGAAGAGCCUCUCGGAUCCGGGAUGAACGCUGUUCGGACAUGGAUGCAAGGUGCCGGGGUGUUGGAUGCGAACACGGCCGCUCAGAGUGGAGUGGGUCUUGCUCGGGCACACUUUGAGAAACAACCGCCCUCAAACCUUCGGAAAUCCAACUUCUUCCACUUCGUUUUGGCUUUGUACGACAGGCAAGGACAGCCUGUGGAAAUCGAAAGAACAUCUUUUAUUGGAUUUGUUGAAAAAGACAAGGAGUGCACCGGAGAAAAGACAAACAACGGGAUACAUUACAGACUCCAACUUCUCUACAGCAAUGGCAUCAGAACAGAACAGGAUUUUUAUGUGCGGCUUAUUGACUCCAUGACCAAACAGCCAAUCAUCUAUGAAGGUCAAGACAAGAACCCCGAGAUGUGUCGAGUGCUGCUCACACAUGAGAUCAUGUGCAGCCGCUGUUGUGACAAAAAGAGCUGUGGGAACCGCAACGAGACGCCCUCUGACCCCGUCAUCAUCGAUAGAUUCUUUCUGAAAUUCUUCCUGAAGUGUAACCAGAAUUGUCUGAAGAAUGCUGGCAACCCACGGGACAUGCGCCGUUUCCAAGUGGUGGUCUCCACGACAGUCAGUGUGGACGGUCACGUGCUGGCCGUGUCCGACAACAUGUUUGUGCACAACAACUCCAAGCACGGACGCAGGGCUCGCCGCCUGGACCCGUCGGAAGGCACGCCCUCAUACCUGGAGCAUGCUGCACCCUGCAUCAAAGCCAUCAGCCCCAGCGAAGGCUGGACCACGGGGGGCGCCACUGUCAUCAUCAUCGGGGACAACUUCUUUGAUGGCCUGCAGGUCAUCUUUGGCACCAUGCUGGUGUGGAGUGAGCUCAUCACGCCCCAUGCCAUCCGGGUGCAGACCCCACCGCGCCACAUCCCUGGAGUCGUGGAGGUCACCCUCUCCUACAAGUCCAAGCAGUUCUGCAAAGGAACCCCAGGCCGCUUCAUCUACACAGCCCUGAAUGAGCCUACCAUUGACUACGGUUUCCAGAGACUCCAGAAGGUCAUCCCCAGACACCCUGGAGACCCUGAGCGUCUCCCAAAGGAGGUCAUUCUCAAGCGGGCGGCAGAUCUUGUGGAAGCGCUGUACGGAAUGCCUCAUAACAACCAGGAGAUCAUCCUGAAGCGAGCUGCUGAUAUCGCAGAGGCGCUGUACAACGUGCCCCGGAACCACAACCAGCUGUCGGGCCUCACCAACAGCUCCGUGCACGCGGGCAUGAUGGGGGUCAACUCCUUCCCCGGCCAGCUCGCCGUCAACGUGUCUGAGAACUCACAAGGCGGGAACCAGGGCUUUAGCCGGAACACCAGCAGCGUCUCGCCGCAUGGCUACGUGCCCAGCUCCACGCCGCAGCAGACCAGCUACAGCUCCACCAGCAUGAACGGCUACGGCAACAGCGGCAUGUCCAACCUGGGCAGCUCGCCCAGUUUCCUCAACGGCUCCGCCGCCAACUCCCCCUAUGCCAUCGUCCCGUCCAGCCCCACCAUGGCCUCCUCCACCAGCCUGGCCUCCAACUGCAGCAGCUCCUCCGGCAUCUUCUCCUUCUCCCCCGCCAACAUGGUGUCGGCCGUCAAGCAGAAGAGCGCCUUCGCCCCCGUGGUGCGACCCCAGAACUCGCCCCCACCCACCUGCACCAGCUCCAACGGCAACGGUCUCCAAGAUCAGUCUUUUGUGGAUUCUAGCAAGUACACCCCAUCCAGCGCUCUGCAGGGGCUGGCCUUCUCCUGAAUGAUUCCUGGAAUGAUUGUCCCUCCCAUGUAGUGGGCGUGUGUUUGAGCAUGUGAGAGCUAGCGGAUGUGGCGUUGUGACGUUGACUCCCCCUCUCACCCCUCCGACCCGACCCGACAUGACCCAACCCGAUCCGAUCCCCCUCUCCCUCCUUCCUCGCGUGUGUACAGAAGACUCCGGUAUCGGACCGCACCUGCAGUCCCACUCUGAAGAAACACAAACACCUAUCUCAGGCCCUUUUUAAAAAGGAUUCACGUUUGAACAAAAAAAACAGAAAAAGAAAUGAAGACAGAAGAGAACAAGAUACAGAACCAUUGCGACAACCUCUUUUGAUGUGAUAUAUUUGUAAACACCUUGUAGACACUUUUUAAGGGGAAGGCGAGGCCACCAUUGAUAUUUAAAGCCCAGUGCCCACAAGAACAAAAGAAAAAAAGGAAAAAAAAAAGAACAAAAAACAAGAGCUUUGUUUAUUUUGAAGGAUGUGCUCAUAAUUUGCUAUCAUCAUUGUGUGUUUUUGUUUAGUUAUGUUUUUUGUGCAAAAAGUAUGUAAUGCCCAUAUAUGAAAUGUAAUAUACACAACAGACACUAUGUUACAGUAGUUUCUGUUUAUGACUUUUUACAAUUCGUGAAGGAAAAACAUUUGUGAAGGGAAAAAAAAAGUGCUGACAUCUGUAAGUAAGUAGCAGUAAGGCCCUAAACGAAUGUUUACAGAAACAACUAUUUGCUUCACUCCCAUGAUACAAUCACAACAUAGCCAGACCAACCUUGGGUUCGCCAAUUUGCCAUUGGAUGAACUCGCAGACAACCAGACUGAGUUGAACUAUGCUAUUUAUGGACACUGACUUGUUAACUAUGCAUCACAAACCUAGAAGUUCCAGACGACUCCAUCUGCAGGAGUGCCAGCUGCUCCACAGAGUUCUGUUCUGGAGCAGCUGUAAAAAAUACAACUACAACUAAACAUUUUACAAGAGAGACAUAUGCAUCCUAAUCAGAAUUGUGAUAAUCCUGAUAAGCAGAUACGAUUCACGCAACAACAUAGCCCAACAAAAAUCUAUUUUUUUGUGGUGGCAUUUUCACUUGUAAGGGAGGCAUGGUAUUCAGUUUGCCAACUGCAUCAAACAAUAAUGCUGUCAGUUUAUAGCCCUGAUUCUGUAGCUGCCAAAAGUCUGAGUUAAUUGUAGGGAAAUGGUAAAAAAGCGACAGAUAUUGACCAAUAUGCAUUCUUUUAAUACUGUAGCCAAACAUGUCCCCCCCCCCCCCACACACACACACACACACACAAAAACCCACACAACACCUCCUGUUCUGCUGUACUUAGCAGUGCCUCAUCUGCUGAUAACAUCCAGUGAUAACAUUCAUUAUAUCUUUUAUAAAAUAGAUUUUUGCCAUGUCCACGGUAUCCAUUUUAAGUUAGUUUGCCAAGAGAAUGUAGUUUAGUCACUGAAAGCUGACAGAACAUCCUGCUCUACUGAGAGUAACCAGAGCCUCCUCCUGUGUUCCGAGGAGUCCCUCAGCCGGUCAUACAAGCGUUCAACUACAGCCAAGGGAAGCCAGUUUUAAGUCCCAAAUUGUCCGAAGCCUUUCUCGUUAGUCUAUUAAUGCCAUCUGUGAAGCAAAGUCAAUGAAGGAGGCAACAUUUUUAAAAGGGUCUGUUGCCAUGUUUUCAAUUUUUAUUUAAAAAAAGAACUAUGUAUGAAUGCAAUAUUUCUUUCUGUUAAGAUUUCUUAGUUUGAGUCAACAACUGUCACUUAUCUCCUUACUGUAAUGAUAACAACAUCUGGAGAUUGGAAAGGGAAGUUCCGAAAGUGGUUUUCAUUAGAGAAUGGGUCGUUUUUGAUUUCCCACUUGGCCAUAAAGGGAAUAGUAAUAUACAAACGAGCAAGCACUGUAAAGGUUUUCCAACCCCUCGUCGAAAAAUUAGAGUUUAACCUUUUUCUUUUUCUAUUUUAUUUUUGUUGUGUGUUCUGUGUGUUUUGUAUAUAGUAAUAACUAUGUUAGUCUUUGUGAUUUUUUUUCCCGUUUGUUUUGUUUGCCAAAGUUUUUUUUGUUUGAAAAAGAUAUUUAUACAUCAAAAGAAGUCUUAAGGCAGCUUCACAGUAUAGUGUCACUGAUUCUAUGUUUACUGCAUAAUCAAAGAUCUCAUCAAUUUUAGCUUGGAGAGUUUGGAUAUUACAAAAGGGAUAUGUAUAAAAUAUCCAUAUAAAUAUUGUGUGUAUGUAUCGCUUGAAUUUGUACAUUGCUUCUAUCCCUGUCAUUCAUGUGUUUAAUAUUGUGAAAAAAGUGCCGAUUUGAUUAGAUUUUUUUGUCUGCCAUUAUUGUCCUUUAAUGUGAUUUUUAGAUUUUUUUUUUUAUUUUUAUGUUGUCUUGUGCAUAAAACCAUUCUCCCAUUUAUAUUUCAUCGAACAAAAGCCAUUGUCUAUUUUUGUAUCAUUUGUAAGUUAAUGAAAAUGUUCAUGUUUUUUUCCCUUUUAUGUUGAAUUUGUUUUUCAUAUGGCAAAAGUAGUGCAUUAUUCUCAUAGUAUUAGUUAUAUGGAUUUUGAGAAUAGAUAAGUAUAUCAUAUGAAUAUCUUUUUUUGUUUGUUUGUUUUGCUUUUUUUCAUAAACUAAUACUGUUAAAACCGUACAAUAUGCAUGGAUCUUAUCCUCCUGGAGCUGCAUUUGUGUGCAGGAAGACCAUUUUGGCAGUUAAAGAUAAUAAUAAUAUUGAUAAUGAUAAUAAUAAUAGUAGUAGUAGUAGUAUGAAGAUUUUCUGGUUUUCUUUUAUCAUCUCUUUUUCUUGUUUCCAUUUUUGCGUUAUUUAAAUCGGCAUCUUAGUUUCCCCCCCACACCAUCUCCUCUGUCCCAGGGAGUGGCGGAGUCAGAUCCCAUCCUGAGUCCCCCGCAGCCCGGGCCAGUCGUGUCAGUCUCAACCAGCAGUUUAGAUGCCUUAACAAUGCAAACCCGCGCCAUCGUCCACCGUGUGCCACCGUGUUCUCUCACCCACUCUCUGUCACACGCCACCCAUGGAAUGCCCCAGAGGGGAGAACGAAGGCAGUGGCACCCAACUUUUUUUGGGUGGAUUUCCUUCUCAGUUAAUUAGCGGCAGUUCAGUUUGAAGAGCAGGACUAAGUGUUUAGAUGCACCAGCAUUUAACACACUGGAUUUCACAGACAUGUUUAGUUACACUUCUGAAACCCCAUGUUAUUUACAUAACUGGAGCACAACAGUGAGUGAAUUCAAAAACAAAACAAAAAAUGUAAAAUGACACAACUUUUUUUUUUUAAUAUACAGUUUCUUCUUUACUGUUGAGGUUGUUUGAACUCACCUGCACGUGUGUGUGUGUGUGUGUGUGUGUGUGUGUGUGUGUGUGUGUGUGUGUGUGUGUGUGUGUUUCUAUGGCUGAGCUGCCACUGAGAAUAGAUUUCCAAUGUGUAUAUUUUAAGGGGGUGUAGACAGCCACCAUUGCCACUCAUACUGUGUGUGUGCACGUGUGUGUGCAUUCUGGUGUAAUUAUCACCCUUCUGCUGAGGUAAACUUAAGGAUUCUUUUGAAGGCAAUGCCAUAUUAUUUCCCCCGUUGCAGUUCUUUUUGAGGGACAACAGUGCGGUUGUCAUUACAAAAAUAUACACGUGAUGAAUAGCAAAACAACAGCACAACAAUACACACACAACUUCUGAGGACAAUUGUACAUUACUGCAACUGAUUUUAUCAUGCUUAUGCCCUGUGCUCUUGAGCCUUCAGUCCCCACUUGAAAAUUCAGCCAUCUGUGGAUCCUUACUCUGUUGGUCACCUGGCCAAUCUCCUUGUGUGUGUGUGUGUUUGUUUGUGUGUGUGUGUGUGUGUAUGUGUGUGUGUGCGUGUGUGUGUGUGUGCGCGCGCGUGUGUGUUGAGUGAGUGAGUGAGUGAGUGUACCGAUUGUCCUUUGAGAAGGAAUUGUGGCUUAUUUAUUAAAUUUCUAAAGGUUAUUUUAGCCAUAUGUUUUUGGAGGAGCAAAAGAAAAUGUCAGAUAUAGGAUUUUGAUGAUCAGCGUUUGUACAAUGCACACAAUGUUACUAAAUGUAUCAGCAUUUUGAUUUGACUCAGUCUCCUACCUUUUUUUUUGUUGUUGUGUUAAAGGGAAGUUUUCUUUUCCAGGGGACUGUGCAACUUCUUAUUCUUCACGGCAAAUUGGUGGACACUGUCUGUCCAACAGUUACUCGUUAAAAACAAACAAACAGGAAGAAACCUUUGACCUUGUAUCAUCCUCGCUCCCAAACCUUGUCUUUGACUGGACACUCAGAGCAGUUCUAUAUUGAUAGGAAAUAGAGAAAAA